AUGCCCGUGGUGGAGGAGCUGAUGACUUUCCCAGGUGUCCCCACGGGCCUGUCCCCAGUGGCUGAGCACCCCCAAGCUCGUUGCCCAGGAGGGGGAAGCCGAGGCAGCGGCUCCCGUUUCUCCCGCAGGAAGCAGCCACCGGCCGCAAAGGGACCGGCUCCCGAGCCGCCCCCCGUCCUCAAGGUCUUCAACAGACCCAUCCUCUUCGACAUCGUCUCCCGGGGGUCCCCGGCCGGCCUGGAUGGGCUCCUCUCCUUCCUGCUCACCCACAAGAAGCGCCUCACAGACGAGGAGUUCCGAGAGCCCUCCACGGGAAAGACGUGCCUGCCCAAAGCCCUGCUGAACCUGAGCGGGGGCAAGAACGACACCAUCCCCGUCCUCCUGGACAUCGCCGAGAAGACGGGAAACAUGCGGGAGUUCAUCAACUCGCCCUUCAGGGACGUCUACUACCGAGGCCAGACAGCUCUGCACAUCGCCAUCGAGCGCCGCUGCAAGCACUACGUGGAGCUGCUGGUGGAGAAGGGAGCAGACGUCCAUGCCCAAGCCCGCGGCCGCUUCUUCCAGCCCAAGAGCGAGGGCGGCUACUUCUACUUCGGUGAGCUGCCCCUCUCGCUGGCCGCCUGCACCAACCAGCCGCACAUCGUGCACUACCUGACCGAGAACGGGCACAAGCAGGCGGACCUGCGGCGCCAGGACUCCCGCGGCAACACCGUCCUGCACGCCCUGGUGGCCAUCGCCGACAACACCCGCGAGAACACCAAGUUUGUCACCAAGAUGUACGACCUGCUCCUCGUCAAGUGCGCCAAGCUCUUCCCCGACACCAACCUGGAGGCCCUGCUCAACAACGAUGGGCUCUCCCCGCUCAUGAUGGCAGCCAAGACCGGCAAGAUCGGGAUCUUCCAGCACAUCAUCCGACGGGAGAUCACGGAUGAGGACGUCCGGCAUCUCUCCCGGAAAUUCAAGGACUGGGCGUACGGCCCCGUCUACUCCUCCCUCUAUGACCUCUCCUCGCUGGACACCUGCGGGGAGGAGGUGUCCGUGCUGGAGAUCCUCGUCUACAACAGCAAGAUCGAGAACCGCCACGAGAUGCUGGCCGUGGAGCCCAUCAACGAGCUGCUGAGGGACAAGUGGCGCAAGUUUGGGGCCGUCUCCUUCUACAUCAGCGUGGUCUCCUACCUCAGCGCCAUGAUCAUCUUCACCCUCGUCGCCUACUACCGCCCCAUGGAAGGGCCUCCACCCUACCCUUACACCAGCACCGCUGACUACCUGCGCCUGGCCGGGGAGAUCAUCACCCUCCUCACUGGGAUCCUCUUCUUCUGCACAAACAUCAAAGACCUGUUCAUGAAGAAGUGCCCGGGUGUGAAUUCCUUCUUCAUAGAUGGCUCCUUCCAGCUGCUCUACUUCAUCUACUCGGUGCUGGUGAUUGUCACGGCGGGGCUGUACCUGGGUGGCAUCGAGGCCUACCUGGCUGUCAUGGUCUUUGCGCUGGUCCUGGGCUGGAUGAAUGCCCUGUACUUCACCCGUGGGCUCAAGCUGACGGGGACCUACAGCAUCAUGAUCCAGAAGAUCCUCUUCAAAGAUUUGUUCCGCUUCCUCCUGGUCUACCUGCUCUUCAUGAUCGGCUAUGCGUCAGCCCUGGUGUCCCUCCUCAACCCGUGUCCCAGCAGUGAGUCGUGCAGCGAGAAGCCCAACUGCACUGUGCCCACCUACCCAUCCUGCCGGGACAGCCAGACCUUCAGCACCUUUCUGCUCGACCUCUUCAAGCUCACCAUCGGCAUGGGCGACCUGGAGAUGCUCGAGAGCGCCAAGUACCCUGGCGUCUUCAUCAUCCUCCUUGUCACCUACAUCAUCCUCACCUUUGUGCUCCUCCUCAACAUGCUCAUCGCCCUCAUGGGUGAGACCGUGGGCCAAGUCUCCAAGGAGAGCAAGCACAUCUGGAAGCUGCAGUGGGCCACCACCAUCCUGGACAUCGAGCGCUCCUUCCCGGUGUUCCUACGGAAAGCCUUCCGCUCGGGGGAGAUGGUCACUGUGGGGAAGGGCACGGACGGGACCCCUGACCGCCGCUGGUGCUUCAGGGUGGAUGAGGUGAACUGGUCCCACUGGAACCAGAAUCUGGGAAUCAUCAGUGAGGACCCAGGCAAGAGCGACACAUACCAGUACUACGGCUUCUCGCACACCGUGGGCCGGCUGCGGAGAGAUCGGUGGUCGACGGUGGUGCCACGCGUGGUGGAGCUGAACAAGAGCUGCCCGCCGGAGGAGGUGGUGGUACCCCUGGGGACCAUGGGCACAGCGGAGCCUCGGGAGCGGCGGCACUGCCAUGCCCCGAGCUCCCCGCUCUAGCACGGCAGCACCGGCAGCUGAUGGACUCUGCCCGGGCCCCUGGAGCGGCUCUGGAAUCGCCACUGAGCUGGAUGGUGCUUGUUUGCUCCUCAGGGAUUUGCGCAGCCUCUGUCCCUCCGGCAGCCGCUGUCCCCGUGGGUGUCCAGCCCGGAUGGGGCCCUGGUCCUGCCCCGGUGGUACCGGCGAGCUCCUGGGCCACCGCUUGGCUUUGCCGUGCUGGGAGUCCCGGGCUGGGCCGGGGUGGGGAGCACGGCCCCUGCUGCCCGUCAAGGCCGAUGGUUUUGCCACAGAGUUUUGCACAAGAUUUGUACGACUAUUUAUUUAGUAAUAAAAACUGACCCGCCACCGCCGCCUCCUCCCAGCGCUGGGUGAUUCCGGAUGGGAGAGCCAGGCUGCUGGCAGGGCUCGGGGAGGGAUGGAGGAGCUGCCUGCUCCCUGGCCGUGCCAGGCCAGGCCAAGCCAAACCGUGCCAAGCCAUGCUUUUGGGCACGGUCACCCAUCAGGCUGAGCUCAGGUGUGGUGCACGGGUGUGGUACAGGGAUGUACCACAGGGAUGUGUGCAGGUGUGUACAGGGAUGUGAUGCACAGGUGUGGUACAGGGAUGUGAUGUGCAGGGAUGCGGUGCAUGGCUACCAUGCACAGGUGCGGUGCAGGGAUGCGGUGCAGGGAUGCGGUGCAGGGAUGCGGUGCAGGGAUGAGGUGCAGGGAUGCGGUGCAGGGAUGCAGUGCAGAGAUGCGGUGCAGG